UCUGCCUCCUCCAGCUCAAUCCCGGAAGAUCUCGGCUUCCUUCCGAAGCUUGUGCUUUGGCAGAAACCAGGAUCUUGAUUAAAUCUUUAUCCGGUGCGGAGAGGCGAGUGAGCGGGGACAGACCGUACAGGCACGGAAGAUGGGGACCCGAGAGGAUGAAUACGAUUAUUUGUUUAAAGUUGUCCUGAUUGGAGACUCUGGGGUCGGAAAGAGCAACCUCCUGUCCAGAUUUACACGUAAUGAAUUUAAUCUGGAGAGUAAGAGCACCAUUGGAGUGGAGUUUGCCACCAGGAGUAUCCAGGUUGAUGGAAAGACCAUUAAGGCCCAGAUCUGGGACACAGCAGGACAGGAGCGAUACCGUGCCAUCACUUCAGCGUACUACCGUGGGGCUGUCGGUGCUCUGCUCGUUUAUGAUAUUGCCAAACAUCUAACGUAUGAGAACGUCGAGCGGUGGCUAAAGGAGUUGCGUGACCAUGGUGACAACAACAUAGUCAUCAUGCUGGUUGGGAACAAGAGUGACCUCCGUCAUCUGAGAGCAGUUCCAACAGAUGAGGCACGAGCCUUUGCUGAGAAGAAUUGUCUUUCAUUUAUUGAAACAUCUGCUUUGGAUUCAACAAACGUAGAGGAGGCUUUCCAAAAUAUCUUGACAGAAAUUUACCGCAUAGUUUCACAGAAGCAGAUCUCUGACCGAUUGACGCACGAGUCACCUGGCAGUGAUGUGGUGGAGAUCGAUGUUCCUCCAACAAGUGAUGGACAGAAAUCUAAUAAACUGCAAUGUUGCCAGAACAUGUGACCUACUGCAGCUGCUCCUUGAAAUGUUUUCCACUGCUGCCUGUGCAUUAAUAGUGUAUUUGGAACGCUUCUGUUCAAUGCCCAAUAUGAUUUAAUUUGUUUCUUUUGGAUGUUUUCUGCUGCAACUACAGAACAGAUUUCACAUCCUCAAAAUGAGCAGCAAUUGAUUGCCUGAAAAAUACUGAUGAUAGCACGGAUCCCUCUCCACGAGGCCCAGAAAUGUGCUGUUAAUAAUUCAAAGGUAGAUUUAUGGCCCUUAUUCUCAGAUGGAAAUAAUUAUACCAAGCCAGCUGAGAUGCUUGCCCUCUGUGUUUUGGGGCCUAGCUGCUGGGAUAAAAGCUUUGCCUUGCUAUUGGCUGUCAGUGCCUGGGGAAGGUGAGGUGGGGAUGUUUCAUUCCUCUUCCAAGUGGGAUGGGAUGAACCGGGAAUAAUUCUGUUUCAGUCCACCAGAAACCACAAGGCAAGAACCUGAAGUAAUUUUCAAAGGAGAAGUUAUUUAUGAUGGUGAAACACUUGUUAUACUACAGAACUGCUACAGUUUUAUAGUUAAUAAAAUUCAAAAGUAAUUGUAUUGUGACAUUCUGAAA